AUGGCGACGCUCACUGCAUCUGCAGAAACCGCCGAAUCAUUCUGCAGCGACGGCAGCACCAGAGGCGGUAUCAUGGCAUCGCCCACAGACUUUGCAUAUUACUUCGACGACGGCAAAUUUUAUCUGCUCGUAGCCGUUGGAGAGUUAGUCACCACCGAGCAUCUUAAAUGUGCUAUUUCAGACAUAGAAAAAGGAAUUCGUUCAUGGGACACAAAUCUCAUUAACUGCAACUUGGACCAGGAGCUGAAGCUGUUUGUUUCUCGACACUCAGUUAGGUUCUCUUCUGAUGUGCAAGGACAGAAAGUUUUGCACUACAAAAGCAGCAUACUGGAGACAGUAGUUCUGAUCAACCCCUCAGAUGAAGCUCUUAGCACUGAGGUUCGCUUGUUGAUAUCGGAUACAGCCCACCACAAGCUACUUGUUCUGGCUGGACAAUGUUUUGAAAAUACAGGCGAGCUAAUUCUUCAGUCGGGUUCCUUCUCUUUUUUCAACUUCAUUGACAUUUUCACAGACCAAGAGAUUGGCGAACUUUUAAGCACCAUACAUCCAGCCAACAAAGCAAGACUAACUGUUUCCUGUACUAAACAUGGGGACUGGAAAAAUUCCAACCUUGAUAAACACAGCCUACAGGACUUUAUUAAUAUUAAUCUAAACUCUGUAAUUAUACUUCCAGAAAUGGAGGGCCUCUCAGAGUUCACAGAAUACCUCUCAGAAUCAGUGGAAAUUCCAUCUCCUUUUGACAUGCUUGAACCCCCCAGCUCUGGUGGGUUCCUAAAGUUAUCUAAGCCCUGCUGUUACAUUUUUCCUGGAGGCCGAGGUGAUUCAGCACUUUUUGCUGUUAAUGGUUUCAACAUGCUUGUAAACGGUGGAUCUGACAGGAAAUCAUGUUUUUGGAAGUUGGUGCGCCAUUUGGACAGGAUAGAUUCCAUCCUUUUGACACACAUUGGAGAUGACAGUCUUCCAGGAAUCAACAGCAUGCUGUGGCGAAAGACUGCUGAACUGGAAGUGGAGCAGUCACAAGGAUCCACAGCCAAUAGUGAGUGGAUGAAGAACAUGAUCUCCCCUGACCUUGGUGUUGUAUUCUUAAACCUGCCUCAGACUCUUCAGAAUCCAGAACCAAAUUACAGGGUACGAAGAAAUAUUGAAGAAGCAGCACUCACUCUACAAUAUCUCAGUAAGCUCUCUUUGAAACCAAAGCCGCUGCAAAGGAAUUUAGGGAAUACAAUUGAACCUAUUAUACUAUUCCAAAAAAUGGGUGUUGGAAAGUUGGAAAUGUAUGUUCUCAAUCCAGGAAAAAACAGCAAGGAGCUGCAGUAUUUUAUGAAGCAAUGGACUGGCACUGAGAAGGACAAGGCUUCCAUUCUAUUACCAAAUGGAAAUGAAUCAGAGCUUCCAAUCUCAUAUUUGUCCUCAAUCUCUUCACUGAUUGUAUGGCAUCCUUCAAAUCAAUCUGAGAAAAUAGUACGUGUUCUGUUUCCAGGCAAUGCCACACAGUAUAGCAUACUUGAAGGCCUAGAGAAAUUAAAACACUUGGAUUUCCUCAAGUAUCCCAUUGUCACAGAAAAGGAGCUGUCAUCAAACAUGGCACCAGCACUCAAGCAAGCAAAAAUGAAGCUUAAAAUAGAGAGCAAGGGCAGUGUAAAAUCACUGUCAAAAGCAUCACCAAUCAAAGGCAUCGAGAAGUCAUCCAAAGAUGAUGUUUCAGAAAAGGCAAAAAAUUAUUCUGAUGGAACUCUGGAGGCAUCACUGAAAACAGAGAAGAAAAUAAAAACUCUUGCCAAACAUGCAAAAAUUAUGGAAAAAGAAACAAAAACUGAACAAACAUCAUUAAUUGACUCUCCAGAAAAAAAGAAAGCCAGUAUAAAACCAAAAAUUAUCCCCAAAACAAACAAGAAGACAGUAGUAGUGAAAAAGAAUGAGGCUGAUAAAAAGGAGGAAAGCACUGAGAAAAGAAAAAGUCACAAUUUCAUAGCCCAAAGGGAUGAAAAGGCCACAAAUGAGAAAUUAAAGAAAGAGGAAGUUAGGAAACAAGGCAAAAAAAAGGAGAUUAGGAAAGGUUCCCCCUUGAAGGAGAGCAGAAAAGCAGAAAAGAAAGAACUUUCGAAGGAUGAUAAAGAUGUUAAAACAGACUCCAAGAAACCUGCAAACUUAGACAAUAAUUCUCACAUAAGUGAUGUGAAAAAGUCUGCCCCAAAACUGAAGGCACCAAUACAAGCACCAAGCAGCCCUGCAAAAUCUAAACAAAAAAGUAUGAGCAAGUCUUCUAAAAAAAAUGCUGAAAAACCCAUGGCAAUUGCUGCUUUUGCAACUGUUUCUGUGAAGACAGCCUCUGUUGCCAGCACCAUAAAUAAACAGGCUAUGAAGGCUGAAAGAUCCAUAAUGUCCUCUCCAGAAGACCUGACUAAAGACUUUGAAACUCUUAAAGCAGAAAACAUAGGUAAAUAUGAUGAAAGUCUAUCUCAGAGCAAAACUGAGAGUUCUGAACAAGGAUUAAUAAUUCAGCACGUAGAAAUCAUUUGCAAGGAAUUAGCAGAAUCUCUUGAUGAGAGUAUUACAACUGUAGAAGCUGAUGAAGAAUAUGUGGAGGUAGAACCUAAGAAAAAAACAAAUAUUCAACAAAUCCAUAGUGAAAAAUUUGAAGAUGAUGGCACAGGUCUUGAAGAAUCAUCUGAUGUAGGAGAUUAUGAAGAAAAGAGACAUACAGAAAAUGUAGACGAACAGGAACGACAUAUGAAUACUCAGUUUAAAGCAGAAGAAAUAUUAAUGGAGUAUUAUAAAAGAGAAACUUGGGAAACAGAAUACAAAAAACAUGACAAAGAAAGUGAAAUGCAGAAUCUAGUAGUGCACAGUCCCAUACAGCCUUCUGGUUCUGUUUCACCAGCAGUUUCUAUUCAUGAUGAAACUCUGCCAGGAGGUUCAGAGAGUGAGAUGGCCUCAGAUGACGAUAAUCAAGAUGAGCCUCCAGAAGAAUACACUACAUCUGGACAUACACAGUCUACAAUUGAGAUCUCUAGUAUACCAACUCCGAUGGAUGAAAUGUUAACUCCGAGAGAUGUUAUGAGUGAUGAGACAGCAAAUGAUGAAACAGAGUAUCCCCCUGAAGACUCUGAAAAGUAUGGUAUUUCAGGGGGCUGUGAUAAAAAAAAAUACUCACCCUUCAAAGAUGCUCCUGAGUUAGAUAAUUCAAAGAGUGAUGACACAGAGUGUCAUCAUUAUCAUGCAUCUGCCUCUACAAUUUCACCACCAUCUUCACUGGAAGAGGAUAAAUCUUAUAAGGCAUUCUACAGUAAACAUAGUGGUGAAUUUUUCCUUGACCCAGGGAGUCUGAUUUCUGCAACUGCUACCUUGCCCCUUGAACAGUCACCUUCCGAAAUCCAAAAUUUCAGAAUUGAUGACAUUAAUAAAGACAUAUCAUCACCAGUCAAGCCUGCCACUAUACUUACACUGUCAUCAGGAAUUAUGGAUUCUUCACAUAGUCCAGAAGAUAAAACACUAGAGGGAACUUCAUCUCCACAGUCCCCAGGGCAUACACCUUACUAUCAAUCCCCAGUUGAAGAGAUGACUGAAGAUAUAUCACCUGAACAAGUCACUAACAACCGAAGCCCCAUUAUUGUUGAAGUAACAAGUGACAAAGAGAAUACUAUCAGAGAUGCUAGUCCCACAGAUCAAGAUUUCCCCAUAUCACUAACAGGAAGGGUUUCAAUCCCUGAGUGUAGUCCAGCUGCUUGUGGAAGUACAUCAAUGAAUGAAGGAAAGUCACCGUUUGAUGAUCGACCUGUUGGUCAGAUUAAAUGUCAUAACAAAAAUUCAGAGGAGAGUAAAAUGUCUAUAUCUGAGGGAACCACAUCAGAAAAGUCAGAUACUCCUGAUGAUGAAGUUGUUGCUGAGGAUACAUUCUCUCAUAUUGCAUCAGCAUCAACGGCAUCACUUGCAACAAGCUCUUUACCAGAGCCCACAACAGAUGAUGUCUCCCCAUCAUUACAUGCUGAGGUGGGUUCUCCACACUCCACAGAGGUAGAUGACUCUCUGUCUGUUUCCGUUGUGCAGACUCCAACAACAAUGGUAGAAACUGAUGUCUCUCCAACUAAAGAAGAAAGCCCCCGACCUAUGUCAAUCUCUCCAGAUGUUUCACCCAAAAUGGCUACAGGUAAACCCAAGAUUCCUCAGCAGGAUACAAAUUCCCCUGAACAUUCCACAAAGUCAUUAGAGUUUGGACAAGAAUCCCCAAAUUAUUCUUUUGCACUGGACUUCAGUAAGCAAUCUCCAGAGCAUUCAACAACAGGAGGAGCACAGCAUGCAGUCACUGAAAAUGGCCCAACAGAGGUUGACUACAGCCCUUCAGAUGGUUCGGAUCUCAAAUCAGGAGGAGCUGGUAAGAAACCUGUGCUUUUAAAAGAGUUUGAGACCUCUCAAACUGCCUCUGCUUCACCAUUUACACCAUCCCAGUCUACACCAUCUGUUGCAACACCCUCCCAAAUCGGGCCUAGGGAAAUGUCCCCUAAUGCCGAAUCUGUCAUAAAAAUAUCUCCACACAACCAAUCACCUGACUCUUUCGUGUCCUCUGACUCUUCUCUAGUUCUGGUUGGUACCAGCAAUUCAUAUGGGCUGAAUAAAUGUAAAAUAAGUCCCACCUUACUUUGCAAUGAGUAUAGUAUUUUUAAGGCAGAGAACACCAAACACAAUGAGACUGGUUCCCUACCAAAGACUGUUUACCCUUUAUCCUCUACAGUAUUAUCUUGUUCUUUUGAUCUAGAGAAGACCAAUGUAAUUACAUUCAGAGGAGGAUGUAUUCCUUUUCCUUCUGAGUCCAAUUCAUCCUGUCUUCCUGUAUCCUUUAAUCUGGUUGAGUCUAACUCUUUCUCACAUGUUAAAGAAGCAAGACUGCAGUCUGCAGACUGCAGCACCAGUGGCUCUAAAGAUCAAGACUCCUUCAAAAAAAGCCUCUCUCCACAGUCAAUAUCAAAUGUAGAUUUAUGUUUGGUUGCCUCCUGUGAAUACAGACAUCCAAAGACAGAGAUUUCCCCAUCUUUUGUAAAUCCCAACCCUCUUGAGUACUUGAAUGAGGACAAUCCUCUGCAAGAGGAAAAGCCAUUCCAAUAUAGUGGAGAACCACCGCCAAGUGGAGGAAAGCAAAAGAGCAAGCAGUGUGAAGAAACACCUCCAACCUCUAUCAGUGAAUCUGUUCCCUCACAAACAGAUUCUGAUAUUCCUCCUGGAACUGAAGAGUGUCCAUCUAUAACUGCAGAGGCAAAUAUUGAUUCAGAUGAUGACUCAGAAACUCUACCAACAGACAGGACACCCACUUCUCAUUAUCCAGACAGUCCUCCUGACUCAUCAAGGGACUUUGCUCCAGUACCACCCUUUCCUGAUGUCUGCAUGGUGGAUCCAGAGGCUGAGAAAGACAAUCAACUGAAAGAGUCUAGAAAAGAAACGCGGGAGAAGCAAAAAAAGAGAAUGAAUGUUAACAAAAUGAACCCAUCUUUACCAGGUAGAACAAAUGAUCUCUCAAAAACAAGUGCAGUCAAAGAGUCAAAAAAUGCUUCUACAGAGGAAAAGGAUGCCAAAAAUGCAACUAAUAAGUCUGCAUCAAGGGGUGUGAAAACAACAGGAAACAACAGAUUGUCAGAACUGAAAUACUCUCCAAUGUAUAUGGACCUAGUUUAUAUCCCAAAUCACUGCAGUGCCAAAAAUGUUGAUUCAGAGUUCUUCAAGAGAGUCCGGUCCUCAUAUUACGUGGUCAGUGGCAAUAAUCAGGCAAAGCAGGAGCCCAGUACAGCAGUCCUAGAUGCUCUGUUAGAGGGGAAGACUCACUGGGAAAAUAACAUGCAGGUCACACUUAUUCCCACCCAUGACACUGAUGUUAUGCGGGAGUGGUAUCAGCAAACCCAUGAGAAGCAGCAAGACUUGAAUGUUAUGGUUCUGGCCAGCAGCAGCACUGUGGUUAUGCAAGAUGAAUCCUUCCCUGCAUGCAAGAUAGAGCUGUGAUUGUGAAGGUGCAGUUCAACCCUUACAAAAUGCAGUGUCAUGAAUAUGUAAAAGAGCUGAACAAAACAUUUCAACUGAUAAAUAAUUUGAUCUUUACUAAAAUUAUGUGAAAUGGCUAAAAUCUGAAUAGAAAGCUUCUUGCAAAAUGCAGUCAAGUUUCUUCUGUGAAAAAUUUGUAGCUCUUAAAAUUCAGUCAGUAUCUAAUAUCUAAAAGUGUGUAAUUUACAUUCAAAUCUCUUUGGAUUAAGACUGUUUCUCUGGAAACUUUGUGUACUAUGCUUAACUUUUACUACAUCUACUAUAUAAUAUAUCCACACAUAUGAAGAAUUUAUUUAAAUUGCCUUAGAACAUAGCUAAAUGUACCACACAUGUUGCACUUAUGAGACAAUUACCAACCACAGAGGAAAACAGAUUUCGCACAGGUGCUUGAAGAGCUUAAAAUGCAUGAAUAAAGCUUUUUGAAAUUUAAGGUCUGGAAAAAUUAAGUUAAAUUUAAAUCACAUUUUUUUUUGUUCAAAGAUGCUUAAAAUGCUUGAAAUCAAAAGCGAGUAUGAAUUCUUAUUUCAUGUGCCGUGUGUGCAAAGUGUGUAUUCAACAUUCAGACAACACAAUUUAUUUCUGUCUGUUCUGAUAACCCCUUUUAAGCUGAUUGAAAUCUGAAAUAGAUACAUAGCAACUCAUAAAUAAUAGCCUAGCAACAGUCAUGGUAAGACUGACUACAAUCUGGUGAUUGCACUGUUUUUCCUCCAUUGAGUGUUUUACGGGUGCUGCUGGAGUAGAAUUUCACACCCUUUCUGAUGAAAAUGCAGAUUAUUUUAAUUGAGAUAUGCUUAUUUUUAUGUGUAAAAACAUGAAUAGCACCCCCUUAGUGGUCAGUCUAAAUGAGAUUAUGUUAGUUACAAGUGGGUCCCUUGAGGGUGAUUUGAGUUUUUGACAAUAACUCAAUGUUAACCUUGUCAAAUUCCUGCUGUAAUCUAAUUGGCUGAUGGUGGCCAUGUGGUGGUGUUUUUUUUCCAGGUCAUAAUCAAAAAUCCAUUUAAUUAGCACAGAGAUACAAUAUACCAGAUUUCAGCUUGAUCAGACUUAUGGUUUCGAAGUAACAGUUAUAUGAUCUUAACUUUGCCAUCUAUGUAUGAACACAUCCCAAACUUUGCAAAUUCUCAGAAUCUUGUCCUAUACUGUAUAUGCCUUUGAUGUUUCGUGUGAAUCUGUGCAACCAACCAUGAGUUACAAUGGUUUGAUUAAAUUAGACUCUGUCACUCUAGUAUUAAUUGGCAUGUGGUGGCCAUAAUGUUUACAAAUCUCAUCGUGUUUUUGAUAAUUACUGAGGAUCACACUCUCCUGAGUAGUUAGAGACCAAUUUUGUGAACAUAGGACAAAAACUCUAGGACUAGUUAGCAAAGGUUUAUCAUUGUAGCCUAACUAGCUAGAAUGUUACCUAAAUAGUUACCAUGGGGUAUAUACUAAGCAUUGAUUGUUUAUCAUCACCGUAGAAAACUAGACUAGAACAUAAAUGUUUUAAAUGCACAUAACUGAUUCUAAUUCAUCUUCUAUUUUUUUUUUACUCCUCUUCACAGCUGUUCUCUUCCAUUCACUUCAUAUCAAUUCACAAGCACACUGGCACAAGCAUGGCAGAAGAAUAUGAUUGCCUAAAUGCUGAUCUUGACCACUCUAAAAGCAUCUACGUUUCUCUGGGAAUCCUAGAUGAUUCACCUUUGACCAAAUUUACAUAAAUCUGUAUUUUCGAGAUUUGAAUUUUUGGGAUUUGUACUUAUAUUAAUUAUAUAAAUUCAUACUCAAAAACUUUUGUCAGCUUGCAAGUUCCACACAACUUGAAAUAUUAUGUAGAUGCACUGAAGAAUGGAUAAGCUUUGACCAGGUGGAGAAGAGAGGGGAAGGGCAUGAAAAUGACCAAAAGUAGAUGAUGCAAAAUGCAUUUUGACAUUUUAAAGUAACUUCAAGUGCAGGUCUGUCUUAUCUGCAACCAUGUAGCUAACGUUACCUAAUUAUCCUGGAUGAACUGCAAUAUCACUGUCUAGCAAGUAAAACCACUGACUGCAAAAAACACUCUACACUUACACUUAACAAUCUGCCAGGAGUGAAAUUUCAGGUACAGGACAGACAGAAAGACAAAAUGUAUUUGAAGGUAUUUGUCACAAGAGGCAAUCUCAUUAUUUCAAUUAAGAUAAUGAUUGCACUGAAGGAAUUCUAUGAUUUAUUUAAUAUUGUAGCAUAAGACCUUAUUUGUGUAGGUUGUGGGUGGUGUUAUAGGUUGGAUAGAAGAGGUUAGCUGAGAUUAAUUUUAAGAUAUAGAAUAGUAUUUCCUAUUUCCUAGUAUUUCGCAUACAAAAUGAACAAAGGUAUCACUUUGACAGCAUUUGUUUUAAUAUUGUUAAAAGUAAUGGUUUUCUUUUGACAUACACAAACCAAUCUCAAUAUUAGCAACCCUGUUCUAAACUUGGGUAAAACUAGGUAUUUAGAAAUGCUUUAGAGAUGCUUUUCUGCUCACAACUGUUGUAAAGAUUGGCUAUUUGAAAUACCAUAGCCUUCCUGUCAGCUUGAACAUGUCCAUUCUCCUUUGACCUCUGUCAUUAACAAAGUGUUUCCUCUCACCAAACUACUGCUCACUGCUUUUGUUUGUUUGUUUGUUUGUUUUUCACACCUUUAACUCUAGAGACUGUUCUGCAUGAAAUCCCAGGAGAUGAGCAGUUUCUGAAACCAAUCCACCCUGUCUGGCACCAACAUCCAUGCCACAGUCAAAGCCACUGAGAUUGCAUUUUUCCAUAUUCUGAUGUUUGUUCUUAAUAUUAACUGAAGCUCUUGACCCAUGCCUACAUGAUAUUAUGCACUGCACUGCUGCAUCUUGAUAGGCUGAUUAGAUACAGUGCCUUGCAAAAGUAUUCAUACCCACUGAACUUUUCCACAUUUUGUCACGUUACAACCACAAACAAAAAUGUAUUUUAUGGGGAUUUUAUGUGAUAGACCAACACAAAGUGGCACAUAAUUGUGCAGUGGAAGGAAAAUGAUAAAUGGUGUCCAAAAUUUUUUACAAAUAAAUAUCUGAAAAGUGUGACGUGCAUUUGUAUUCAGCCCCCUUUACUCGGAUACCCCUAACUAAAAUCCAGUGGAACCAAUUGCCUUCAGAAGUCACCUAAUUAGUAAAUAGAGUCGACCUGUGUGUAAUUUAAUCUCAGUAUAAAUACAGCUGUUCUGUGAAGCCCUCAGAGGUUUGUUAGAGAACAUUAGUCAAUAAACAGC